UGACUGGAAUAAGAGACGAUUUAACCAACCCAGUCCAGCGCCAGUUUAUCAACUAUUUGUUACAAAUUACUAAAUUCAGCAGCCACUGCUCUUCAAACACAUAGAGAUAAAUACACCACGAAUGGCGAUGAACAAAUAGACACAAUUUGAUAAACAAUACGUCGAUACUAUUAUUAUUAUUACCACACUUGGCAUUUGACACUCACAUCAAAAAAGCAGCCAAGAAGUACGACUAGUCGUUGCUUGCGGUCAACAUAGUCGGAGAGAAAAUUUCAGUCUGAGGAUGAGAACAAGUUGUGACCUCCUGCUCCUCUUGGUGGCGAUUGUUAGUCUCGUGUCAUGUCAGGUCCUCGUGGAGAGGGCCGACGGAGGUCUACUUGGUCCGCAAAUGGAGGAGCCGGACAAACUGGUCCACUACCAACCCAGACAUGUUCACAUUGCGUAUGGCAACUCCCCCACGACGAAGAUGGUGGUGACGUGGAGUACGGUGGACUGGCCGGAAGGUGGUGAUGUGACCCCUUUCGUUGAAUGGGGAACUCGGCUCCCUUGGCAAGGUCGGACAAAUGGGUCCACCACUCGAUUCGUGGACACGGGGGACCUGCACCUCGCCCAGUUCAUCCACAGGGUCACGCUCACGGACCUCCAACCACACACGUCUUACAUUUACCACUGCGGGAGUUCAGAGGGGAUUUCGGAGCUCUUUGGUUUCACCACGAUGAUGGAGGGGACAGACUGGUCGCCAUCGCUGGCAGUGUACGGAGAUCUGGGGAACGUAAACGCCCAAUCCUUGGUGCGACUCCAGCAAGAAGUUCAGCUGGGAGUGUACGACGCCAUCCUUCAUGUUGGCGACUUCGCCUAUGACAUGGACUCUGAUAACGGGCUGGUGGGUGACGCGUUUAUGGACCAGAUUCAACCUAUCGCUGCCUACCUGCCAUACAUGACCUGUCCAGGCAACCAUGAGCAGAGAGAUAACUUUGCCCAAUACAAGAACCGAUUCAGCAUGCCUGGAAAGUUUGACUCGAUGUUGUACUCGUUUGACAUGGGGCCGGUUCACUUCAUUUCCAUUUCCACAGAGUUUUACUACUUCCUCCAGUAUGGGAUCAAGCACGUGGUGGCGCAGUACGAGUGGCUGGUGGAGGACUUGAGGGAGGCGAACCGACCAGAGCGAAGGGCGGAGAGGCCUUGGAUCGUCACUUUCGGUCACCGCCCCAUGUACUGCUCCAACAACAAUACGGACGACUGCACACAGCACGAGACUCGUGUCCGGGUGGGCAUCCCCUUCAUCCACCUCUUCGGCCUCGAAGACCUCUUCAUGGAGCACGGGGUGGACUUGGCAAUCUGGGCGCACGAGCACUCUUACGAACGGAUGUGGCCCAUGUACAACCACCGAGUGGUCAACGGGAGUGAUGAGGGAGAUCCUUACCACAACCCGAAGGGACUGGUUCACGUGACCACGGGCAGUGCGGGCUGCAGCGAGCGACACGACGACUUUGUCCAGUACAUGCCCGACUACACGGCCUUCAGAAGUACUGACUAUGGGUACAGUCGUCUCCACGUGCUCAACAAGACGCAUCUGCACAUGGAGCAGGUGUCGGAUGAUCAGGAUGGGAAGAUAAUUGACUCCUUCACCCUGGUUCGGGACAGACACGAGGCGUACAAAAUUCCACCCCGGGAUUGAGAAAUACGCAUAUAAUCCAUCCUAUGGUCUCGUCAUCAUCAUGUGCCAUCCAAACAUUACCAUGCUGCUUAUUUGUUUGUAUGCAUACUUAUGUACUAGACUUAUUCCUACGCCUUGAAUAAUAUUUCUUUUAUGUGUUUUUGGUUUUAGUCAAUUAUAUUGCAUAGCUUUUAAUAAAACAGAUUGAAUCGAAA